AUGUUCUGACCCAGGAUCAGUCCAGUUGUGGAGUGUGUGAGCAGCUACUGAGGGACCCAGUCAUCACCACCUGUGGACACAGUUUCUGCAGGCAGUGCAUCAGCAGCUACUGGAGCCAGUCUGGUCCAUCAGGAGACUACAGCUGUCCCCAGUGCAGAAAGAGAUCCAGAGCACAACCCUUUCUAAACCCUGACAUAACCAUGGCACAACCUCUGAUAUACCCACAUACAACCAUGACACAACCUCCUGUAUAUCCCCCUACAGCCAUGGCACAAUCUUCUCUCCACCAACACAGAGAAAUUGCACAGCUUCAUCUCAAGCCAUCAUCAACCAUGGCACAAGUUCCUCCAUAUCCACACCCAGACUCAGGGCAGGACCCUCUAUACCCACACUUACACAUGGCACAGAUUUCUCCACAGCCUCCUUUGGAUGAGCACAUAGUCAUGGAAGGAAGCAAACAUCUCCAAACUGAGCAUGGUCCUGUCAAAAGGGCCAAACUACCAGAGGAUGUCCUGAACAGAGCACUGGUGAAUCAUAAAGCCAGUAUGAAGAGGAGGUUUGAACGCAUAUCUGAAGGUGUCAUAAGAUCAGAGACUCAAACACUCCUGAACAAGAUCUACACAAAGCUCUUCAUCACAGAGGGAGAGAGUGAAGGGGUGAAUAAUGAACAUGAAGUUUGGCAGGUAGAGUCAGCAUCCAGAUCACAAACGACAGAAGACACAGCAAUCAACUGCAAUGACAUCUUCAAGCCCUUACCUGGACAGCAGAGACCCAUCAGAACUGCCAUGACCAAGGGCAUUGCUGGCAUUGGAAAAACCGUCUCAGUGCAGAAGUUCAUCCUUGAUUGGGCAGAGGAGAAAGCUAACCAGGAUGUAGAUUUCAUGUUAAUACUUCCGUUCCGUGAGCUGAAUUUGGUCAAAUAUGAUCAGUACAGCCUUCACAGGCUCCUGCUGGACUUCCACCCUGAGCUUAGGGAGCUACAGGAUGGUGAAUAUAAAGACCGCCAUAUUUUGUUCAUCUUUGAUGGUCUGGAUGAGAGUCGACUUCCGCUGAAUUUCCACGAGAACCAGAAGUUGUCUGAUGUGACACAAACAUCAUCAGUGGAUGUGUUGAUGACGAGCCUCAUUCAGGGAUCUUUGCUUCCCUCAGCUCUCAUCUGGAUAACCUCCCGACCAGCAGCAGCCAGUCAGAUCCCUUCUCAGUGCAUCGAUCAGGUGACAGAAGUACGAGGGUUCAAUGAUCCACAGAAGGAAGAGUACUUCAGGAAGAAGAUCAGUGACCAGAAUCAAGCCAACAGAAUCAUCUCACACAUUAAGGCAUCCAAGAGCCUCCUCAUCAUGUGCCACAUGCCAGUCUUCUGUUGGAUCUCAGCCACUGUCCUUCAGCAUUUACUGGAACAGGAUGAUGGGAAGGAAGCCCCCAACACUCUGACUGAGAUGUUUAUACACUUCCUGCUCAUACAGACCACCAGGAAGAACCAGAAGUAUCAAGAGGAAAAUGAUCGAGAUAAACAGAGGCUCCUGGAAUCACAUAAAGAUGUCAUACUGAAACUGGCACAGCUGGCCUUCAAGCAUCUGCAGAAUGGCAAUCUCAUGUUCUAUGAGGAAGACCUGAAAGAGUGUGGCAUUGAUGUGAGUGAUGCCUCAGUGUACUCUGGCAUGUGCACUGAGAUCUUCAGGGAGGAAUGUGUGAUUCACCACAAGAAGGUCUUCUGCUUUGUGCAUCUGAGCAUCCAGGAGUUUCUGGCAGCCAUGUUUGUGUUUCACUCCUACAUUUCAGAACAUUUUGAGAUACUGAAAUCAUUCAUCAGUAAAAAGCACAAAGACCUGCAAAACCUUCCCUUGCAUGUUCUGUUGAAGGGAGCAAUAGACAAAGCUUUGGACAGCAAGAAUGGACACUUGGACCUUUUCCUCCGCUUCCUUGUAGGCAUCUCAGUGGAGAGCAAUCAGGCCCUUUUACAAGGUCUGCUGUCAAACACACACAGCAGCUCAGAGAGCAUCAGGAAAACUUGUCAGUACAUCAAGAUUCUCAAGAGAAAGGAUCUGUCUCCUGAAAGAUGCAUCAAUCUUUCCCAUUGCUUGUUUGAAAUGAAUGAUCAUUCCCAACAUAGAAAAGUUCAGACAUAUCUGAAAUCUUCAGAUGGCUUCUCAGAUAGAUUGACAGUGGCCCAAUGUUCAGCACUGGCCCACAUGCUUAUGAUGUCUGAAGAAGUGCUGGAUGAGUUUGACUUGACGAAAUACAACACAUCAGAGGAGGGAUGGAGGAGACUAAUGCCAGUUGUGAGAAACUGCAGAAAGGCCCGACUUGCUGGCUGCAAACUAACAGAGAGGUCCUGUGAGAUUGUGGCCUCAGCUCUGCAGUCUGCAAACUCACCCUUAAGACAGCUGGACCUCAGUCAGAAUGACCUCCAACAGUCAGGAGAAAAGCUGCUCUCUACUCUUCAGAGUCCAAGCUGCAAACUGGAGACACUGAGACUUGCUAGCUGCAAACUAACAGAGAGGUCCUGUGAGAUUGUGGCCUCAGCUCUGCAGUCUGCAAACUCCCCCUUCCGAGAGCUGGACCUCAGUCAGAAUGACCUGCAGCAGACAUUGGAAAAGCUGCUCUCUACUCUUCAGAGUCCAAACUGCAAACUGGAGACACUGAGACUUGCUGGCUGCAAACUAACAGAGAGGUCCUGGGAGAUUGUGGCCUCAGCUCUGCAGUCUGCAAACUCACCCUUAAGACAGCUGGACCUCAGUCAGAAUGACCUGCAGCAGUCAGGAGAAAAUCUGUCCUCCGCUCUACAGAGACCAAACUGCAAACUGGAGACACUGAGACUUCCUGAUUGUAAGAUAACAGAAGAAUCCUGUAAGGCUGUAGCCUCUGCUCUGCAGUCAUCGGUGUCCCUGACAGAACUGGACCUCACAAACAAUUACCUGAAUGAUUCUGGUAUUCAGCUUCUCUCUGCAGGACUAAGUAGCCCUCACUGUAAACUACAGACAUUAAGACUGUCUGGUUGUCUCAUCACACACCAGGGCUGUUCUUUCUUGGCCUCUGCCCUUAAAUCAAACCCCUCCUACCUGAAACAGCUGGAUCUGAGCUACAAUCACCCAGGAGACUCAGGGGUCAGAGAGCUCACAGACAGACUGAAUGAUCCCAACUGUAAACUAGAAAAUUUCAGGUAUGACCAUGGAGGAGAGUGCUGGAUUAAACUAGGACUGAGAAAAUAUGCCUGUGAGCUCACACUGGACCCAAACACAGCACACAGAGAACUCUCUCUCUCUGAGGGGAACAGAAAGGUGACACAUGUGAGUGAGAAGAAGCUGUAUCCUGACCACCCAGAGAGAUUUGACUGCUGGACUCAGGUGCUGUGUAGAGAGGGUCAGUCUGGACGCUGCUACUGGAAUGCUGAGUGGAGUAGUGAUGUGGCUGAUAUAGCAGUGGCAUAUAAAAGCAUCCAGAGGAAAGGGGCGAGAAAUGACAGCUCGUUUGGAUAUAAUGACAAGUCCUGGAGUCUGGAAUGCUCUGGUAACAGUUACUCUGCCAGGCACAAUAAGAAGAUUACUGCCAUACCUGCCCCCUCCUCCCGCUCCAGCAGAGUAGAAGUGUACCUGGACUGGCCAGCAGGCACUCUGUCCUUCUACAGCGUCUCCUCUGACACAUUCACCCACCUGCACACGUUCCACUCCACAUUCACUGAGCCCCUCUAUCCUGGAUUUAAUGUCUGGCAGUCCUCAGUGUCCCUGUGCCAGAGCACAUUACCUCCUAAUCCUACAGGAACACACAAUGACACAUAUGUUGUCCAAAGUAGCCUCCUUACUGGAAUUCAGCCACCAGCAUCACUAAUGAUAAAAUCAUCCAGAGGAAAGGGUGGGAUGGCGGUAUGUUUUGGGAAUAACAAGUCCUGGACUCUGUAUUGCUCUGGUAAAGAAUACUCCCUCAGGCACAAUGAUAAGAAGACUGACAUACCUGCCCCCUCCUCCCGCUCCAGCAGAGUAGGAGUGUACCUGGACUGGCCAGCAGGCACUCUGUCCUUCUACAGCAUCUCCUCUGACACACUCACCCACCUGCACACGUUCCACUCCACAUUCACUGAGCCCCUCUAUCCUGGGUUUAGGGUAAGUCAAUAUAACUCUGCAGUGUCCCUGUGCCCUGUUCUAGUGGUAGGACUAAUGCUGGGCCUCUCUGACGGGGACUUGUUGACACCUGCUGUGAACAUGUUUGUGGUGAUCAGCCAUGCUCUGCUAUGGCAUGGUUGGCAUGGUUACAGUAUGAGUGAAGUGGGGUGUGUUUCUAGAGGAAAGAAGAAAACUCAUGUGAGUCUGCUGUCUGCCUGCGUGUUCAAUGAAAAGUAG